UUGAAGGGAUGAAAUCACUUGUUUUGCCACUCACUAUGUGACCUGUAUCCCUCCCAGGUCUCCGACACUUUACUGCCACUACUUCAUCAUGUUGAAGCCGGUUGCAUUGCUCCUCCUGCUGGCAGGUGUGGUCCACACUGUGCCCCCCCCUGUGUGCAUAGUGACUGGCUCCACCGUCAUCGAUUUCUUCAAUAGAAUCCAGUCGGUCCCGGAUCGCUGUAUAUACAGACUGUUAAGGCCAGUAGAAAGUACGUUUUUAGACAUAUUGGCGGGUUUCCGGGAGCGAAGCCGUACAGAUGUGCCAUUUUUGGACUCCUUGACAAUAACUGCGGCAAUUUCAACAAUCUAUCUUGGACAAGGGGGAAUAGUUCGGGUUGAUGACCAAACACCAACGCUCAACGCCACGGCUCAGCUGAUUAAUGGUGUGGAGUUCUCCAAGGACCAGGAUGGAGUCACUGUCCAGAUGGGUGCAUUCACAAUCACUUUUGAUGGCAACACUGCAGUAAUCACAGGAUUUGCUUUUGCUGCAGAAGGCUUGUGUGGAAACCCCACUAACACCACUCAGACCUUCAAUCUGGCUGCACAGAAGUCUUCCUCCAGUGUGGCUGGGUACGUCCUAGUCUUAACCUGCGAGGUCCUGUACAGCGAACCCCCGAACAAUAUGACCAACUGCCAACUUAUAACUGAACGCUGUAAUCUCCUGAUGCAGGCACCCUUCACUGAUUGCCACGACCAAGUUAACCCAGCUCCCUACAUAACCGCCUGCGCAGAAACUUCGUGCAAAUUCCCGACCGAGGAAGGCCUCGCUCUCAGCUGCCAGUUUUUGGACGCUUACGCCAAGACCUGCAGUCUGAAUACCACCAUCACACUGGGCGACUGGAGGUCACCGGACGAUUGCCCUGUCCCUCAGGUCCCCUGUAUGGAGCUGUACUGCAGUAAUAACGAGUACUGCGGCGAGAACAACGGUGAAACCCAAUGCUUCUGUCGGGCUCUUUUUGCCACCAAGUACACACCAACAAACUCUUUAGGCGACCCGACAGUCUGCAUAGAGAACUCUGCCACUCUUACUCUGGCUGGAUGUCUGCUCAGUGCCAAAAACAUUGACUACACCACCUUACACCUCAUAGACGAGAGCUGCAAAGGACACAUGGACAACGAGGCCCACAUGGUGACUUUCAGCUUUGACAGCAACAACACCUGCGGGACCGAGGUCAUGAGCAACAACAAAAGCCAAAUCAUCUACCAGAACACCAUCAUGAUGCAGAACAGCUCCACGGACGUCAUCACCCGCCACGACCAAGUCAUGAUCGACUUCUCCUGCUUGUACACAAAGCCAGACAUCAGGAGUGUGUCCUUCAAAAUCAAAGACAGCUCCGUGGUGCUGCAGAUUGUAUCUGGAAUUUGGAAUUACACUCUGAUGAUGAAAGCGUACACCGACGGCAGCUUCAUAAACGUCGUGGGGCCGGACACUGAGCUCGUGCUGGACCAGAAGGUCUGGGUGGAGCUGAUGACGGUGGGGCUGGACGACAACAUGGUCUCCAUAGUGACCGACUCCUGCUGGGCAACCAAUCAGCCGUCUCCUAAUGCAAGUGUGCAAUACAACCUCGUCAUCAACGGAUGCCCGAACCCCGCUGACCACACAGUGAAGGUGCAGGGAAACGGACUGGGAACAUCCAACUCCUUCUCUUUCAACAUGUUCCAGUUCUCUGGGAAAGCUCCCGACAUCUACCUGCACUGCAAACUGGAGCUGUGUCCCAAACACAGCAACUCCUGCGCUCCGAGCUGCAGUGGAAGUGGCAGGAGGCGCAGAUCUCUAAGGGCUAAAAGAGCAGAUGAAAACCCAGCCCUCAUCACUAUGGCCUGGAAUAAUUAAAGACAGCUCCCCUUUUUGAUCGAUUACAUGAUGGUUCCUGAUUUAAGCUUCGUCCCCAUAAAGAGCCUGAGAUCUCACCGAGCAUUUGAAAGUUCAUUGUUGCUGUG